AGACCCACCACAACCCCGUCCCGGUUCUCCCAGUCCCUCACGGGAGACGAGGACACCCUUGGGGUCACCUCCCCGUCCCCGUGUCCUAGGGGACUUUGUCCCCCCCGGCUUAUAAAGGACGAGGUGGCACCCAGGAGCUGCAGCCAUGGCUUCGUCCCUGCACCCCUGGGUGGCCCUGGUGGCCCUGGUGGCCCCACUCUGGGGGUGGAGUGGAGAUGCCACCACCACCAUCAUCUCCGUGGACAACGGGGGGCCCUGGGGGGACUGGGGUGACCCCGAGUUCUGUCCCAAAGGCACUUACGCCACCGGCUUCCAGCUGAAGGUGGAGCCGCGCAAGGGUUUCUUCGGGGACGACACCGGCCUCAACGGAGUGCGGCUGUUCUGCGGCAUGAGGGGAACGGUGACGGUGACGUCCAGCGAGGGGCCCCGCGGCGCCUGGUCCGUCCCCAUGACCUGUGACCCCGGCCACCACGUGGUGGCCUUUCGCCUGCGGGUGGAGCCCCCCCGGGGCUUGUGGGACGACACGGCGGCCAACAACAUGGACGUCACCUGCUCGGACGGGAGCGUGCUGGAGGGGCUCGGUGGCCUGGCGGGGACGUGGGGCAACUGGAGCGUCCCUUGUCCCCAGGGUCUGGUGUGCGGGCUCCGCACCCGCCUGGAGCCCCCCCAGCGCGGGGGGGACGACACCGGCCUCAACGACCUCCGCCUCUUCUGCUGCGCCUGAGGGGACGGGGCGGGGGGGGGGUGGCCCCGCUGUCACCUCCCGGGUCACGCUGGUGGCCGCUCGGGGCCUCCCGUGUCCGUCCCCCCCCCCUCCCCCGGCCUCCGUUGACCUUCCCACCCCCACCAUGUCACCCCUUGUCCCCCCAGUGUCCCGUCCCCCCCCCUUCAGGUCACCCUGGUGGCCCCCCAUGGCCUCCCUUGACCCUCGUCCCCACCGUGUCACCCCCCCUGACCUCUGUUGUCCCCUGUGUCCCCCCCAUUGACACCCCCCCCAUCCCCCCCCCCCCAGCCCCCCACAUGCUCCCUUGU